UUCUCCUUCUGAUUUCACCAGAUCCAUAACACUUUGCAAAGAAUAACAGUGAACAUGUCGUACCCCCCGCAAGAAGGAUAUUACCCACCUCCUCCCGGAGGCCAGUACCCGCCUCAGCCUCCGCCGAUGCAAUAUCAGCCGCCGCCGCCCCCGGAAUCGCAGAGCAAGGACCGUGGUUGUCUUACGGCAUGUAUCGCGGCCAUGUGCUGUUGCUUCCUGUGCGAGGAAACAUGUGAAUGCUGCAUUGAUAUGGUUGAAUGUUUAUGCUGUGGUUGUUGAUAUAUACGCGGUUCUAUUUUUUUGUUUGUUUCGGAAAUGAUGCUAGCAUGGCAUAUGACAAUUGGGUGCUCUGAUUUAUUGCGACCGUAUAUCCAAAUGGACAG